GAUUUAUCGACGAAAAUCGAACUAUCGAUAUAUAACCGUAGGACAUCCAAAAUAAAACAAUGGCCGCCAUCAGGGGACUAAUAAAAUUCUCCUACUUUUCUCCGCGAAAUGCAAGAGUUCGCUAUGUCAGCAAGGACAUUCGACAUGGGUUUCUUGAUCUUGUUGGAAGAACCCCAUUAAUCAGACUUAACAAGUUGAGCGAUGAAACUGGCUGUAAUAUCACAGUGAAAGGCGAGCAUUUGAACCCCGGCGGAUCUGUAAAGGACCGAGCAGCACUCUUUUUGAUAAAAGAAGCGGAGGAAAAAGGUCUCCUAAAGCCAGGAGGGACAGUAGUAGAAGGGACAGCUGGCAACACAGGCAUUGGGUUAGCACAUAUUUGCUUGGCUAAAGGCUACAAAUGUGUCAUAUACAUGCCAAACAACCAAUCACAGGAGAAGAUGGAUUUGCUGAAGGCUUUAGGUGCAGAGGUGAGGCCUGUACCUGUGGUUCCAUUUGAUGAUCAGAUGAACUAUAAUCACCAGGCAAGAAGAUAUGCUGAGAGUAUUGAGAAUGGUGUUUGGACAAAUCAGUUUGACAAUACAGCUAACAGGCGAGCACACUUUGAGACCACGGGCCCUGAGAUUUGGCAGCAGACGGAUGGGCAAAUAGAUGCUGUUGUCUUUGGCACUGGUACAGGGGGGACCUUAGCAGGUGUGGGAUCAUUUCUGAAAUCAAAAAACCCUAAUGUCAAAGUGAUACUGGCAGAUCCCCAGGGAAGUGUCCUCUAUAAUUAUUUUAAAAUUGGUGAACUUGUACGAACUGAAGGCAGCUCUAUAACAGAAGGAAUUGGGCAAGGCAGGGUUACAAGUAACCUGCAGGGGGCUCCCAUCGAUGAUGCUGUUUUCGUACUUGACAAGGAAGCGGUGGAAAUGACAUUUUUCUUGUUACAUGAAGAAGGGUUCUUUGUUGGUGCAUCAUCAGGGCUUAAUGUGACUGCUGCUGUUAAGGUUGCCAAAAUGCUUGGGCCAGGCCACACAAUAGCUACAUGUCUUUGUGAUACAGGGCAGCGUUAUUUCAACAGGCUUUAUAAUAAAAGUUGGUUAGAAAGCAAAGGACUUCUAGAUGCUGUACCUGAACGAUAUCACCACUCCUUGUACUGAGAAUUUCAAGCAAACAUCCAAUCAGUUAUCAAAUAUCACUUCCCCUAUUCCUAUUUUUUAUAAUCUAAAUCUUGAGGUCAAAUAACAGACAUAUUUUUGUAAUUAAAGUUUGUGUUAUUGAAAAAUUUAAUGAAUAGAAGACUCCUUCAAAUAGUUAUUAGUAUAGAAUAAGUUAGUAAAAUAAAAGACUAUUUAGCUCAACGACUUGACACAACUCAUUCUUAAAACAUUAUGUUAAUUUUCUUUUCUUUAGAGAAGUAAAGUUGUCUGUGAUGUCUCUAUAAAUAUAUUUUAUAUUCCAGUCAAUUGUGUUCUUCUGUAAACGUCUGACACUUUUAAGAUUAACUAUUGAUUUAUACUUAUAAUUAAAAUAAUAGACUGUUAUUUUCCCCAAUAUUUAUUGUUGCCCCUACACUAUUUGUCUACAGGUUAGCUAGAAAAUCAAGUUCGUCAAAUGUAGUUCACUAGUCUUUAAUCAGCAGCAAAUAUAUUUUUUUGUUUGGCUGGCCUUUAGGGACAACCCUGACAUUAAAAUGUUAGCCAUCUUUGUCUGGCAUUUGUAGCUGUGCCAUCUUUGCCAUGACACUGUCUUUGUCACUUGUCUCAUCUUCAACAUCUCCUUCUUUCUCCAUGUCAUCGUCUUCUUCUUCACUUUCAUCAUUGUCAUCAUCUUCAUCGUAAUCCUCAUCGUCGUCGUCAUCAUCAUCAUCAUCACCAUAGUUUUGUGUAGAUGCAGAAGAACCAUAACCCCCAUAAGAAAAACCACCACUGCCACCAUAGUCAUCAUCAUCAUCAUCAUCUUGCAUUUGGCGGCCAUAUGCAUGUGUCCUUGCUAUAGAUCAUCAGAAUAAAUAAGUAUAAUGGAAGGUUAUUACAAUACCAAGGUUAUUACAUUACAUACAUAAUAUUAUAAAUCUCAGUACUGGUGAAUAAAAAAAACCUUAACUUGU